AAUAUAGAGAGAGAAAACGAAUUUUCCACUUUAUCUGAGAACGAUGGCUAGGGAAAAUGUCUCUUGCUGCAAUCUGUUUGUUUGUCUGCUUUUCAUAGCAGCAGCAAUUGUGGUGGCAGAGUCACUCCACUGUGCCCAGUGCACUGAAGAAAGGUUAGCUCUUUGUCCACCGGUGCCAAGUGAUUGUCCAGAGUUGGCAAGGGAGCCCGGGUGUGGCUGCUGCCUGACUUGUGCUCUAAAGCGGGGAGAGUCCUGCGGGGUGUACACUGCCAGGUGUGGAAAGGCUCUCAGCUGCCACCCAAAAGCAGGGGAAACUCGCCCUUUGUAUGCACUCACAAGAGGCCAAGGGAUUUGUAUGGAUGCUGAUGAUCUCAAAAGGUUACGGCCUAGUGAAGCAGCAGAUGGAAAGGAUUAUGCAGAGCAUGAAAAUGUUGCUCCCGAAGUUACAGACCUUUCUCACGACCAGAUUCCACCAUUCCUUCGAUUAUUUCCUGAUGGCUUCGACAAACUUGAUCCUUGGAAUGCUAUCACUGUGUAUGAGAGUUUGAAGGCACGAAAGAUGCUUGAGCGCAGAAAAUGGAAGGAACUUCAAGGUCCAUGCCAGAAAGAUCUUUACAAAACAAUGGAUAAACUGACCAAGGCUCAGCAAAGACCAGGAGAAGAUGUGUUUAAAUUUCAUAUUCCCAACUGCAAUAGAAAUGGUUUCUAUCACAGCAAGCAGUGUGAGGUUUCCUUAGAUGGCGAGCGUGGAAAAUGCUGGUGUGUCUUCCCCUUAACUGGGAAAAAAAUUCCUGGAUCCCCUGAAAACAGAGGCGAUUUGAAUUGUCAACAGUUCCUUAAUGCUCAAGAAUAGAAUCAACUCUCCAAAUAUGGAUGAAUUCUUUCCAAAUAAACCUCAGUGUAAAUGUACCUAACUAUUUAUUCUAAAAUAUGUUCUUUUGCUUACUUUAUCUAUUUUCAUAACUUUAUUUAUAAAUGUAAUAUUAAUAUUCACUAUAGUUAAGCUUUUUUAAUAUAAAAAUAGACAUUGUAAAAUCAAAAAUUUUCUGUAACACAAUUAUAUUUUUCCAGUAAUUUGUAUAACCAUUUGAGUGAAAACACUGAAAUUGUACAUUUUCAUAUAUUUGUUUUUUUAUAUUUAAGUAUUCUUAUUUUACGGUAAGAUUUAUUUUAUAGCGAUUUGAAAUAUUAUACAAAAAAUAGAGAGGUAGAGAGGAGGGUGAGAUCUGUCUGUCACUGAGUAACAUCAUUUCAGAUUAUAAAACAUAAAUGCUGUACUUACAGGUAUGGAAACUUAUGUCUAGAAUGCUUGGGCCUGGGCUUCUAUAUAUAAGGGACCAUUCUUUAAACUAAGGUACCAUAUCUAUUAAUUAGGAUCCUAUGGGAAACAACAAUCUCUUAUUUUGGAACUUUCUGAAUAGUAGAUUCUGUAAAAGUAUAGGAUCCAUUAUUGGUAAACCCAUUAUCCAUAAUGCUCCAAAUUAGACCAUCUCCCAUAGACUCCAUUAUAAUCAAAUAAUUCACAUUUUCAAAAAUAAUUUCCCUUUUGUCUGUAAUGAUACAAUGCAACCUUAUUGGAGGCAAAACAAUCCUAUUGGAUUUGCUUAAUAUUUAAAUUAUUUUUACGUAGGCGUAGGUAUGGAGAUCCAAAUUACAGAAAAAUCCCUUAUCCAGAAAAUCCCAGGUCCCGAGCAUUAUGGAUAACAGGUCCCAUACCUAUACCUCACUAUAGUGUAGUUUGUGUAUAAGUGUUGUUAUUUAUUCUUUCCACCAUAAAAGUGGUUUUCUAACUUUGCUGCUAAUACAGUAUCCAAGAAUAACAUUGAUGUAGUUAGUCACUAAAUGUCAUCCUUUCAUGUGUUGGUAUGGACUGCAGGACAUACUGAAUCACCUAGGUUUGUUAAAUUGCCUUCACUCCAUUUAAUAGGCUUUUAAAACAAUAAAAUACACACAAGAAUUCAACUCCUCAAACCCCAGUUGUGCAGAAGACUAUGGCAUUAUGAGGCAGGGUAACUAUAACUUCUUUGUAAUACAUGGAGCCUAUUACACUUACAUUGGAGCCUAUGCCCCACUUUAUAGCUGAUGUUUCAGUUCAACACUCCCCUUUAGUCUUUAACUCAAAACAAGGUUACAGUCAUCAUGCUUCACAUGCAUAUGCUGCAUAUAUGCAGAUACUGGCAUAUACUGUAUGCAUUCACUCCACAUCAUACCCUGGUUGUUAGUCUUCACCCCAGUCACUAAUCUGUCUCCUCUAGGGAGCUAGCCUUACAGGAUUGGAACCUAUGGUAUUUUCAUUUCUAUGCCCAGUAUGGCAGUAUUUAUUUUUAAGAGGUGUAGGAGAUGGUAACCCUACUUUGAGUCUACAUAUGGAUUUAUUGUUUUGGAUUUUCAGUAUAUACUUUGGACAUUUCUGUUCUUUAUAUAAUAACAAUAUAAUAAAAUUGUUUGUA